AUGGAUUAGGAUUUAGAUUUGCAAACAAGCAUAUCCUCAAUUGAUAUUGAUUAAUCAGGGAGGAAUUUGGUUGUUGGAGGGAGAGAAAUCUUAAAAAUAAUAGAUUUGGAUUAAGUGAAUAAAAAAAUGAAUAUCAAAUAGAAUAUGAGGAGACAAGGCACAAAAUUAGCUAUAGGUUAUGUUGAAUUUAAUCGCAAAAAGCCAACUCUAUUAUUGGCUGCAUCAGUAUAAGGGUAAUUUUAGGUUUGGGAUAUUGACAAGCAAAAAGAGACUGUUUAUAGAAAUCAUCAAGCAGCUAUCCAUAGAAUGAAUUGGCACAAUGAAAACUGUUUUAUAAGUGGUGGCUAAGAUUAUACAAUUAAUUAUUACGAUUACCGUUAAACUACUGCUUAACCAAUUUUCACAUUAUAACGAAAUGAAGCCAUUAGAGACAUUAAAUUUAAUAUUACAAGAGACAAUUAUUUCAUGGCAGCUUCAGAUACAGGCUAAUUAGAAUAUUUUGACAUUAGGAAACAACAAGAUAUAGGUAGGAAACAAGACCCAUUGACAAAUCUAAUUAUUUGUUUGGAUUGGACUAAAGAUAAUGUUUUGGCUAGUGGAUCAAAUGAUAAAGAAAUCAAGAUCUUGUAAGUAGAGAACCACACUGAUAUCAGGGAAAAAGGAAUCAUUUAGCAUAUAGAUGGGUCUUCUCAUAUCAAAUGGCAUGUAUAGAACAAUUCACUUCUGAGUGUGUCAUCAUUGAACAGAGAUAUCUCAGUCACCACUUAUGAUAUCAGAACUCCUUUUAGACCCAUGCACAUUGUCAAAGGUCAUAAUGAUAUUAUUACAUCCUUUGUUUUUAGUUAGGAUGAAUAGUAUGUCUUUACUGGAUCUAAGGAUAAAUUCUUGAGAAUGCAAUCCGUGAGAUAGGCGUAUCAAGUAUAUAAUAAUUGUCCCAUAUUUCCUGUUGCCUUUAAUUAAUACAAUGAUCUGCUCAUGAAACUAGAAUCUCCCUUUUAAAAUUAAUAUGAAUCAGAAAAGAGCAACCCCUAUUACAUGAACAUGUCAUCAAUUCAAAAGUAAUCCUCUAAUGAUGAAAUCUUCUUUCAAAAGGCUAAGACUUAAAAUACAUCUCAAAAUAAUCUAAUUCAUAAUUCAUAGUAAGACAUUCAAAAGGCAACAUCAGUAUCUCCAUAAAACUCGCAAAUUCAGAAGAGCAAUGUGAGAUCAAUUUUCUAUAUGGAAGCUAUCGAUUAAAUAUUUGAUCCCAAAAUCCCUUUUGAUGAGGAAUUAAAAUAUUUUUAAAAGAAUUAUAAUUCGAAAAAAGACUUUUCAUACAAUAGCAAUGUUGCAUUGCAAAUUAAUAAACCAGAAAUCGCACACUAUUGGAAAGCUUUAGAACAUCUUAUCAAUGACUUUAAAAAGUUAUCCAAAGACUGUGCCUCCAAUAUUUCUAUGUAGGAUUGUCCUGUAUAAUUACCAAACAAAGGUAAUGAUUAAUCUGAUGAUGAUUAAAAAUCUCCUCUAGAAUAAACUACACAAAUUACAAAAAAUAAUAAAACACAUGAAAAAAAAUAAUUGGAUUCACAGGAUCUAUAAAAACUUUAUAAAUAUUUCGAAAAAUACCCAGCAGCCUUCAGAUAAGAAUUAGAUAGCAAGAAUAUCAUAAUUGAAGAUUAAAAUCAUUUAAAAGUUCAUAUAGAAAGAAUACCUUACUACAAGAAUUUGUUAAGAACAAUGACUCCUAUUGGAUACUUAUUGACUGAUAAAUAACAUAUGAUGCAAGUUAUUUCUAAUUCUAUACUUUAAUUAAUCCAACAUGUCAUUGAUUAAGGAGAUCUUCCAAGUGGAUUUUGGAUGGCUGCUUGUGCAAAAAAUUAUGUGUAGUUCCCUGAUUUAAAUGCCAAAAAAUGGACUCAAUCAUAUAUUGAAUUGUUAGUGGCAUUUGGAAAACACACGUUAGCAAUGAAAGCUGCAUUAGAAAGUCCAGUUGAAUAAUUUAGAGCUAGCAAUAAAUACGUAACCAAUUAUAAAUGUCUUGGUCCAUGCAAAAAUAACUAAACAACAGGAGCUUUUUGCAAUGUCUGUAAGAUCGAUUUUAUCUGUUCAAUAUGUUUUAAACCUGUACGAGGUCUUUACUUAUGGUGUCAAUAAUGUAUGCAUGGAGGUCACAUGAAAGAAAUGAAAAAUUGGUUUAGCAGCAACAGUUAAUGUCCUUCUGGGUGUGGACAUAAUUGUUUUGAUAAAUGA